AUGUGGGGUCUAUUCUAUCUUAAAAUACUUUUCUGGGCUGUACUAUUGUCUUUAUGCCUCUUUAUGGUGCACCGGAAAACCAAAGUUGCCGACAAGCUUCGUGAACUGCGUUUAAAGUUGAAUUCCCGUUUCAACAGGCCAAUACGUUUAAAUGAUUCCUUUACCGAUGAUCUCGAAAAUGGUCUCCAUUCCAGUAAUUUUGAUAUUAUCUCAGAAAAUAGUAAUGACACAAGAGGUGGCUUGGAUGAUAUUUCCAAGAAUGAAAUAAAAAAAAUUAUGGAAAAUGACAACCUAGACUUUGAUAAGGCUAGACUGUUAUACAUGGAAAGAAAGUUCGGGCAAAAUGGUAUUGCCCCCGAUGGAACUCCUAUUGAUCCUAAGGCCUUCACCUUUGGCAACUAG